GUCAAAAUCACAUGCUGACUUUUGACGUUUGUAUGAAACAAAAAUAAAUAAAUGUAAUUUAUAUAAAACACGUUAAUUGUAUAAAAAUGUGAAUAAUGGAAAGUGAUAUAUCGCAUUUAGCAAACAUUUUACGACUUCCCGGUCGUGAUGUGAUAAGUGGUAAGGGGAAAUUAUGUUUAUCCGCAAAUUAUUUAAACAAAUUGAAUAAAGCUAUAGAUACUAUCAACGAAGAAGAUGUAACAUCUUUUCAAAUUGUUCAAACAAAUAAUACAAAGAGUAAUCUUAUAAGAGACACUCAAUUUUUACUAGAUUUGAUUAGUAAAACUAGUAGUUUAAAGCUUAUUCCCGACGAAACUAAAGAUUAUGAAACAGUCGACUUAUCGCGAUUCAAACAAAUCAAAAUAUUGGAGAUAAUAAAAUUGGAUAUCAAUAUAGUAACUGGACUUCAAAAACUUAGACCGCAGAUUCAAGAACUGACUUGUUGCAAGAGCUUAAAGUCCAUAAGUGAAGUGCUACAGAAGUGCGGUGGUGAUAAUAGUCAGUGUUUCUAUUGGAAUGAAUUAAAAGUCGCCAAUUUCACGCACAACGAUAUAUCAAGUAUAGAUAAUAGUUUUGAACGUACUCUUUCAUUGCACACUGUAGAUUUGAGCCAUAAUCAACUUUCUAAACUGGAUUUUACGAGUGUAUUACCGAAUUUGAAACAUUUAAAUUUAUCUUAUAACAAAUUAGACACUGUACCAAUUUUCAAAGGACAGAUACAAAAUAGAUUACAAGUAUUGGUUCUAAACAACAAUUUUAUCGAAAAUAUCCAAGGAUUAACAUCACUUUUCAAUUUACAACAAUUGGAUUUAGGAUACAAUUGCUUAUUGGAUCACAAAACGUUGCUUUCCGUUUCUCAUCUAGUUUCACUGCAGUCGUUGAAUUUGCAAGGAAACCCAUUAGCUUUCCACCCCUACCACAGGCAAUUAUCAUGUAAUUAUUUGAAUAAAAACGCCGCUACGGUUAAAUUUUUAUUGGACGGACAUAUUUUGACUAAAAACGAAAAAAUUCUCACUGGAUCCUUGUAUCCUAUCGCGCCGAAGCUCCAAACGUCUUGUUCAUUGAAUUCAUUGGAAUCUUCAGCUGCUUCGGUUCAGGAGAAAUCAAGAAAAGUUCGUUAUGUAAAUAUUGAAGAAAGUGACGUCGUUAAGGAAAAUGAACCCGAAUUUACGCCUAAUACCUCAUCUCAACAUUUGGAAAUAAAAAGACAGGUAGAAAAACUGAGAGAAGAAUACGGCGAAGCGUGGCUCUAUCAACAUUCAGGUUUAAUAGUACAAGACGUAUUAGGUCUCGACAAAGCAACCAUAUUGUCUUCUACCCCGAUCGAACAAGUUAUUCCAAUAAACAUGACACAAGAAAGUGAUGACAUCUCAACUUUUAACGAAGAUUCUUCCACCAACGAAAAUUAUCGCACAGCCGAGAUGGAAAAUUCGUUUCACAGCCCCGAACCGAACGAAGAAGUUUCGGAUGUUUCGGACGGCGAAGAUGUCGUAUCAGUCGGGGAAAGCUGCAUGUUCCUAGCGACUAAUAUCGGUACGAAGAAUACAUCGAUGUUUGUAGCAUUGACUGAUUGCUGCAUAUCCGAACGAGAUAUCACGACUAUCAAAGAAAAAGCCCGAUGGCAUAUAAACACCAUAAUAUCGUGCGAGAAGUGCGUCGAGGAGAACAGAAUUAAAAUUGAGUUCGAUACUCUGAGACGUGAUAGAAAACAGAGAAUUUACGAAUUUAGUUCUGAAGAUAUCGAAACGUUUUACGAUAAUAUCAAAGGGAAGAUUGAUUCUGUUUUGAAUUCGAAAUCGAAGACUGAUGAUUGCAAUUUGGAUUAUCAAUGUAUGAAGUGCUCGGAAAUUUUUCAAAAAAGUAAAAGCGCUCUACUAAAUACUCCUUCGAUUAAAUGUCCUUAUUGUACUAGUCCGAUGGUGGUGGAGAAAAUUUGAUUCGAAUUAUUUACGAAUUUAUUCAGUUAUUAAUUUUUUUUUUAAUUUAUUUUGUGAUAAUAUACUAUAAAACCCUAGGACUUUUGAUCGAGUUGUACCCUUGAUUGGAAAUAUAGCUUCAUCCAUUUAUUUCAGAUAGGAAACCCUUUAUUAUGGUCUAGUUAUGUAUCAAAUUAUUUUUUUUUGUUUACCCAAUAAGUUCGAUUUUCCGGAACCUUUGGUGAUAUUUAUACCACUUACACUUUCUGGUCCUUCGAGCCGGAUAUAAACCAGCGACAUUUACACGGCUCGAAGGACCAGAUGGUGUAGUUGUAGUUUUUAUUUCCUGUGAAACUCAACCCCUAAUUAAUUAUACAUUGAAUGAUCUUCAUUUCACUGAUUUUAAGGAAUAAUUGUCUGAGUUAUGUUGUUUAGGAGUGGAAAAUUAUGGACAUUGCGGUGUAAAAUAUACUUUCUAGGUUCAAUUCGUGACUGUCUAUGUCUGUGAGUGCUUCUUGAUGUGUUUUUAUGUCUCUCGGACAUAAAUAGUCCUUAUCGACUUAUCAGUUUAUGCCUGUUAAUAUCUGUGAGUCUCUAUUAUAGUAUGUAGAUUUCGUAGGUGUCUGUUGAUGUCUGCGACUGAUUCUUGGUGUGAUUUUAUAUCUAUUGGUGCUGGUGAGUGUUUCUUGAUGUGAUAUCAUGUCUUAAUAGCGACUGUAAGGGCUUCUUGACGUUUGUGUCUAUGUCUGUGAGUACUUUUUGGUGUGUGUUUAUGACUGUGAGUCUCUUUUGUAGUUUGUAGAUUUUGUAGGUGUCUGUUGAUGUCUGCGAGUGAUUCUUGGUGUGUUUUUAUAUCUAUUGGUGCCUGUGAGUGCUUCUUGACGUUUGUGAUUAUGUUUGUUGAUAUCUGUGCCUCUUUUGCAGUCUGUGGAUUCUGUAGGUGUCUGUGAGUGCUUCUUGGCGUUUGUGUUUUUAUGUGUGUGAGUCUCUGCUAGAGUCUGUAGAUCCUGUUGAGUUCUGUGAGUGCUUCUUGAUAUCUGUUAGUGUCUGUCAGUACCUUAAAUAGUUAUUUUAUUAUACAGAAUCAUUUAUUUUCAUUAAAAUGAUGGAUUAUUAGUCUUAAUGCUGAUGUAAUCAAAUUUUAGAGUUGGAAUUAAAAUAUUUUAUAGACAUUUAUUAAGAUUGUUAUGUAAUUUUUUCAAAUAUAUAUAUUUUUAAAUCUA